UGGAUCUCCGGGAUCCCGAGUUCAUGAGGUUAGAGCCGAGACUCUUCAUCCAUAGGGUUUGAGGCCACGCCGAAAGCACAGAACGCGACAACAUUCCUCUACUGAUAAAUAACUGAUGCAUCGCGUCCUGGCAACUCGCUUAUCUUCGGUCAGCGUACGUAGUGCCUCCUCUUUUGCGAAAAUUGUAAUGAACACUCAGGCAGCGGAGACUCGGGGCGCCGAGGAGUCCAUCGUCGUCAGGGAAGGAAUGGCCGAGAUAUUGGCGAAUGAGAAAAAAGUCUUCUACAAUCCGGUUCAAGAGUUCAACAGAGACCUCAGUGUCGCCGUAUUGUCAAUUUUCACUGAAGAAAGAAAGACUUAUCAAAAAAUUGAACCCAGCAAGAAGGCUGCUCAAAGGUGUUCGGAAGGCAUUACGAUCUUGGAAGCUCUGUCUGCUACAGGGUUACGCAGUAUCAGAUAUGCCAAAGAGGUUCCGUUCGUUCAUCAAAUUACUGCCAAUGACAUUUCCGCCGCCGCGGUAGAAAGCAUAAAGAAAAAUGUACUCCAUAAUGGUGUGGGGGACCUUGUAACGACCAGUCACGAAGAUGCAACUAUGGUUAUGUACCGGCACAGGAGCGAUCGAUUCGAUGCUGUAGAUGUGGACCCUUACGGUUCACCUUCGGUUUUUCUGGACGGUGCUGUACAAUGCAUUUCCGAGGGGGGCUUACUUUUGAUUACAGCUACCGAUAUGGCGGUUCUUGCUGGGAACUCACCAGAAACGUGUCAUGUUAAAUAUGGCGCUAUUUCCUUGAAGUCAAAAGCCUGUCAUGAAAUGGCCCUGAGGAUACUUUUGCAGCAUAUCUCAUCUCAUGCAGGACAUUACGGCCGGUACAUACAGCCAUUGAUAUCGAUUAGUGUAGAUUUUUAUAUCAGGGUAUUUGUGAGGGUCUACACAGGGCAAAUUGUUUGCAAGGGAGUAGCGAGUAAAUUGGGAAUGAUUUACCAAUGCGUCGGGUGCGAGAGUAUUACUACGCAACCGCUCAGCAUGACAAAGUCUGACAACAAGUACGGCCUGCCAGCAGGACCGCCAGUUGAUAAACUUUGUCACUAUUGUGGUCACAAACACCAUAUCGGUGGGCCAAUUUGGCUUGGUCCUUUACAUGAUCGCCAGUUUGUUUCGCAACUUCUGUCCAAAGUGGAUACAGGUGAAUUUGGAACCAAGAAAAGGCUUCAAGGCGUCUUAAAUGUGAUUUACGAAGAACUAGACGUACCGCUCUACUACUUACUUGAUCGAUUAAUGUCUAUAGUAAAGUGCGAGGUACCCCCCAUGGUGACAUUUAGUUCUGCGCUGAUAAACGCCGGUUAUAAAGUGUCAAUUUCACAUGCACAUAAAACAUCGGUUAAAACCGAUGCCCCAAACAGUGUUAUAUGGGACAUAGUUCGAGCAUGGGAAAAGUUGCAUCCGGCCAAAAAGGAAAGGUUUGAAUCGGAUAGCGCUGCGCUGGCUAUUCUUAACACCUCGUCUUCACAUGAAAUAUCUUUUCAACCGCAUCCCCUUGCUAAUCCGGCAUCGAGGCAAAAGAAAUUAUCCAGGUUUCAAAAGAACCCAACCGCAUACUGGGGCCCCGGUACAAAGUCGACAAUGAUGGUGCAGACAAAAGAUUCGAUAUUGAAAAAGAAGAAGAACCAAAAUAAACAUUUCAAAAGGAAACAACGCUCAGCUUCCUCUGACGAAUCUGGCAUCAUGAAAUCUUUCGAUUCACCAGAAAAAGGCGACGUAGUUCCAGAAGACGAUCAAACGAAACCGUCACCACAGAAACAGUUGAAAAGAGACUGAUUAGUUUUACAAACUUGUACAUAUGUGUUAACAUAACUCUGAAUGGACAUUAAAGUUUAUAAUGAAGAACAA